GCUGGAUCCGCCCUUGCUCAACUGAAGGUGGAAUUUCAGCUCCACUUCACCACUCACUCCACUCCGUUAGCAUACUUCAGUCAUCUUGACGACUUGACGACCCCUCACAUCUCACCAUGUAACUUCUUCCUCAAACCAUCCUUCCACUCAUCUUCAAGAGCCUACACACCUGCGAUCUUAAUGAGGGAUACAUCGCUAGGGCUCCUUGGGGUGGCGGCCACGGCCUUGCUCUUCUCGCUUCUAACAGUCCAAGGAUCCUCGGCGGAAGAGGGACAGGCGCCCGACGCGUCCUCCUCGAUUCCAGAAGCUAUCUUAAAUCUCUCUUCCAAUGAGAACCCCAUGACGAAGGAAGACAAAGAGCGGUUCAUCUUCGGCCCUCGCUCCAUCACUACAUACACAGCCGUCAGCGUUACCACGUCAACGGCCUUCCUCACGUGUUUAUCUGGCACUAAUGACAAUGUUUGUCAAGGGCGCCGUAAGAAGAGAUCUGUACGACUCAUGCAGGAUAUUUCAAAACGAGAAGGAGAAAGCACCAGCCUUUCGACAAGCUUAAUCGAAGAGGCAGACACCGUCGUCGCGCCUACAGGAAGCACCAAAAAAGCUGAAGGCGACUCUCAGGGCGACGAGAAACUUAUCUUCACCGUGUGGACGACAGCGCGCAUCACCACCUCGAUCACCCUAGUCUCCACGGAUACUAACACCACCAUCAGGGUCUCUUUCUACUGCCUCGCUGGUAACGUCCAACUUCCAACCAUCAACUGUUGAAAUUAAAGGCCAAUCACCACUCCCCUGGGCGCGUGUCGAGUCCUCCUUUAGGAUGAGACGUCGGUCGAAUCUAAAUCGAAUUGGUUGAGGUCGGAGUCGUCAGCCUGUCUCGAUUUCUCUCGGAGUUCAACAUCACGUGCCUGAGAUGAUUUGUAAAGUCGUCUUGUAAAUAGUGUACAGGUGGGAACGAGUCCAAACAAAUAUAAUGUUAAAUCCCAAUCGCUGAAA